AUGCGAUAUACAGGGAUGUCAACCUUCAAAGUGAUGUUGUUGAUAAUCUAUUGCAUUGUCACGUUUAUUCCCAACGAGCUGGAAGCAGUGAAGCUGGAAAGAAACUGGAGAACCAAACCUCUAGACGAAACACAUGUCAGUAUCAAUGUGAGUCAGCCUGGUCUGCCAUUUUACCAGAUUCUCAAUAAGAUCGGGGAAGAUGUCUACACCGGAGACAGUGAUAGUGGGGAUAUACUCUAUGGUGGGAGUAGAGCGAGAAACACAUUCAACAAAUAUUCUGUACAAGCAGAUUUAAGUACUGGCAAUCCCAUCAAGUUUGAGCUGGAUACAGUCACUACUGGAGAUGGGUUUAUCAAGGAACCAACCUUUGUGGGGAGACCGUUUGAGUACACACACGAUGAUGGUAACGAGUAUGUGUUUCUGUUCUACCGUGAAGUUGCACUGGAGUACACCGCUGGACCCAAAGUGAACUCGCGCAUUGCCCGAGUGUGCAAGAAUGAUACAGGAGACAAUACUGGCACACACAAGUUUGUCACCUUCAUCAAGGCUUCGUUGGAAUGCUCCGUACCCAAUGGAGAUGAGCCGGCAUUUCAAUAUAAUUAUAUGCAGGAUGUGGUUUGGGACCAAAGUAGUCAAACAGUAUACGCAGUUUUCACACUCCAAGAAAAUAGACCUCCGACGUCAGCUCUCUGCAGUUACAGGAUGCAAGAUAUCAUGAAUCUUUUCGAUAACGGUUAUUUCACGCAACAGAAUGAUUGGGGUGGUAUCAACUCCUUGUGGAAUGAAGUGGCUACGCAGUUAAAACCAAGGCCCGGAACGUGUCACGAAGUUCACACUACCGACUACCCUCCGCUGCUACACAAGUCGGUGCCCAGCUAUAACGCCAUGGAACGAACUGGAGGAACUCAAGUUGCACCACCGGCCAAUUUUCCAACAUCAGAUCCGCCCAUAUUUAACGUAGACGAUGUUCGUUUUACCAGCCUAGCUGUCGAUUUUGACAACUCUAUUUACUACAUUGGUACAAGGUGUCCAGCUGUAUCCGAACCCACUGUUAUACAUAUGUGUGUUGAUGCCGAUCGGUUGAAUUCCCCGAUCCCACAAGCAGCUAUUACUGCCUUCAAUAACAACAGGAAAGUGAAAUUCGCCCGUGCUGAGCACGUGUAUUGUUUCACUACUCAUGAUGGAUUAAACUCAGUGAUCUGCCUUGUCACUGAUAAGGGCUGGAUUUUGCUAAUAAGAAAGAUAAUCUUCAUUGUCUCAGCUAAUCCGGUCAUAUCAGUACCAAGUAUCGCAAAUCCGAUUGUUGCAACUGGUGGGUUUGCUGCAGAGGUGUCUUGGACUGAGAUAACAGCUACAGACGUAGAAGAAGGUCCUAUCCUGAGUGGCAUCAACUGUACGGAUCUCGUAUCUGCGAUUAGUGUCGGUGUUAGGGGAGGAGUGUUUGGACUUGGGUCACACAAUGUGACCUGUGAAGUGACUGAUUCAGAUGGUUGCUCGGCAUCGGAAACAUUAAGCUUCUUUGUGAAAGAAGGAAUCCAUAUAUCCUACGUUAAUACAGCUCCAGAGAAGCCAAAGUUGGACACGUGUCAAGAUAUUACCGACUUGAACGCAUUUCUCAGAUGCGUGGCUAAGAUUGCUUCCAACAUUGUGAUUACAGUCAACAACAUCCUGCAGGUAGACCAGGCCAUCUUUGACCGAAUCGACGAGAACUCCUCGCCGUCACGGAUCGUUCAGGCCCUGGAGUCAUACACUACAGCCUUACAGCUUACGAGUGAUGCUAACUUCACCGAGACUCAGAGUAGCGUUGCCGUUCUUGCACUGACCUUACCCAGAGGUUCCAAGCCGAGUGGUUUCUGGUUUGCAACUCUACGAGAUCACGAUGCGCCCGAUGUGUUAACGGAUAAUGAUACCGUCAUCUGCCACGAGCAGGAUGAGUCAUUGGAGACGGAAUCUUCUAUAUUUCUUCCUGCUGAAACUGUUCAAGCAGAGACAAUGGGAGAGACUGUUAACAUCAGUGUAUUUGUCUACCAGAACAGCAAGUUGUUCCGGUCGCCUACACUACGCACCAAUGAAAGCCCCGGUGAAUUCCGGCGUUCUGUUGGUAGUCGCAUCAUCGCUGCCACUGUGGAAGGAGUCAAAAUAGAGAACCCACCAUCACCAAUCAUAACUGAGUUGCAGCCAAGCAAUGUCAACAGUGAAAGCGAGACAGCGGAUGGAUAUGAAUGCAGGUCCAAGUGUGUCUACUGGGAUUUCAGCCUGAAUAAUGGUUUCGGAGAUUGGUCCGCUAAAGGGUGCAAGCGGGAGAUGGAUAGCAAGGGUAGAGCUGUUUGCAUCUGCGAUCAUUUGACUAACUUCGCUGUCAUUGUGGAUAUCUACGGAAGAAGCAGUGUCGCGCUUGACGUCAUCAGUAAAAUGAUAUGUGGUGUGUCCAUCGUGGCAGUUAUUACUACUGUGGUGACGUACCUUUCCUUCAAGAAAUUCCGAAGCAAGCAACCGCAACAGAUCCUUCUUAGCCUGUGCUUCGCUUUGCUGGGACUGUACGUUUUCUUCUUGGCAGGCAUUGAGGCAUCUCCCUGCGGAGUAUCAUGCGGCUUCGUAGCUGUCCUCAUCCAUUACUUCACUCUGGCUGCAAUGCUCUGGAUGGCUGUUGAAGCCAUCAACUUAUACCUUAUGUUGGUCAAGGUGAUGAAUGCCAACGUUGCUCACUUCAUGAUCAAAGCUUCCUGUGCAAGCUGGGGGUUGCCACUGCUGGUCGUCAUCACUAUUCUUGCUGCAGACUACACGCAAUAUUCAGACAACAAACACUGCUUUUUAAAACCUGGAAGUGCCUUUUACGUUGGUCUGUUGCUGCCAAUCGGUUUGGUUCUUCUCUUCAACUUCGUCAUAUUUGCAUUGAUCAUGCGCAAGCUGACGUGCCAGGCUACGUCAGUGAGCAGUCAAAGCACACGCCAGCAGACGGUCCGGCGCCUGCAGAACGCCGUGGCAAUCUCAGUGCUGCUCGGUCUGACUUGGAUCUUCGGACUCUUGUCCGCUAUCAGGGCCUCCACCUUUGCUUUUCAGGUGCUUUUUGCCAUUUUUAACUCGGCUCAAGGUUUGCUGAUCUUUCUUCUGUUCUGCGCAAGGCAGAAGGAGGUUCGCGAGGCCUGGCUGCCUAUCCUGCGGCGCAUUCCGGUUCGUCUGUAUCGGAGAAGCAACACAUAUAACUUCCCUUUAGCGAAAAGGACAACCAAGUUUACUACCAGUAGUGAUAUCCCUAAUACCCCAGGAGAUAAUAUUGUCCUCUCCAAAAUAAGCACCAGGAGUAGUUGCAUUGCAACGGAUUCUGGUAACUCGUUUUCAGGCGAGAUUUCUAGAGAGGAAAACUAA